GUACUGUAACUACCGUCGUAAACGAUUUAGAGUAUGCAAGACGACGUCGAUAAUGUCACUACACGUCAGUUCAUGCUUUCAAGACUUCAAGAUGAGACAACGUUUCAAGCACAGAAUGAAGCUCAAUUUCCACAUCAAAUUGGUCUCGAUAGUCAGUUCGUUGGCCGAGAAGAGGAACUGUAUAGUCUGCAAGAAACCUACAAGGAUAACAGAAUCUCUAGAAUGCCAAUUGUUCAGAUCAUUGUAGCUGCAGGAGGAAUGGGCAAGACUGAUUUGAUUUCCGAGUAUACCAGGCAGCACAAAGAAGACUAUCCUGAUGCUAUCUUCUUUUUCUUCCUUGAAUCUCGUCUUACCCUUUUUCAUUCAAUCAAAGAGAACCUAACUGAAAUGGGAUUACUGGGAUCCGGAAAUUCUAGUAAGAAUUUUGUUAAGCUGCAAGGCUACACUCGGGCACAUCCCAGAUGUCUCUUUCUCUUUGAUAAUGCGGAUGAUUUGAGUAUAGUCGAGAAGUAUCUACCUUCAAUUCCUUUCCUUCACAUUCUGGUCACAACACGACGCUCAUUUGUUGAUUCACCCAGACUUGGAGGUUCUCGCAUUCAUGAAUUGGAACCAUUUAAGUCUGAUGUGGGUGUUAGGCUCUUACUCAAAAUUACAGAUUAUUUGCUAUCAGUGGAACAACUACGAUGCAACCAUUCUAGUGAAUAUGAACAUGCUCUUAAAAUUGUAGGACCUGAAAUGUUGGAUGGCCUUCCUUUGGGUAUUUUUCAUGCUGGACAAAAGCUCAAAAGACAGCGUGGUAAACAUGCAGGCAAAAUAAACGCACUUUGGGAAACAUUGGAUAGAAAUAGAGUUAAUCUGAGUAUUACACCGAAGAGUGUAAAAGAGUGGUUGCGGAAUUAUCAUUUAAGUGAAAUUUACGAAGUGAUGGUAGAGAACCUGCAUCUUGGAAAGUUAGAUGAUAUACGAAAACCACUAGCUGAAUCAAUUAUAAAGGAGAGCUCGUUGACAAGUCACAUAAAACAAGCUGUUUUGGAUGCUAGAGAGGACUUACUGCAUCAUCCCAGUAUCGGUCCUUGGAAGAUGGACAUUGUUGCUGCAAUUGAUGCAAAGAACACGUAUUUCCGUGUCUUUUCUGCAGUCACAUUUGCAGAAGUUGAAAGAGGAAUAUUGUCAAGAAGAAUUUGA